CUUCAAAACUUUGACUUCUAAUUAUUGCCACUCAUCUCAAAGCUACAAACGCUGUCUCGCUACGACAUUGGUAACAUCACAUUGGCUAGUUCUCGAGUUUUUGUUACUCAACAUGUUGACCAACAUUGACGAAGAAGAGAAUCUCGCUCGGAUGCAAAGAAGCGAGCUCUAUUACGCCUUCACGCCCCAACUCGUUGCAGCACGUCGCCGUUGUGGUCAAGCCGUUGACAGACUCAACCGUGCUGGCAACUUGACCCGUAGAGAAAUAGCUGAGCACUGGAAAGACAUCACAAACAGCAAUCAACCUCUCCCGCCUGCUGGGGCAACCGAAGAGGAAGAUGACGCCGUUUUGCAUGAGUACCCGUGGAUAGAGCGUCCAAUAAAAAUCGACUACGGGUACAACGUCAAAGUGGGCAGCAAUGUGUUCAUCAACUUUAACUGCACGUUCAUCGACACCUGUAUGAUUUCCAUUGGCGAUCGAACUCUUGUGGGGCCGAACGUAUCAUUCCUAAGCGGCACACAUCCUCUUGAUGGGCAUAUUCGAAAUGGCACCAGUGGCCCAGAGUUGGGUAAACCUAUCUCAAUAGGUGAAGACUGUUGGCUGGCGGCAGGUGUUACCAUUCUUCCGGGUGUGACAAUCGGCAAAGGAUGUACCGUUGGGGCGAGUAGCGUCGUCACAAAGGUAGGCGAACACAGACCAAAGAGUCACUGUGUCCUUGUGGUUGACUGACUUCCUUUCCAGGACGUUCCUGAUUAUCAUGUGGUUGCAGGUAACCCUGCCAGAAUCAUAAGGAAGCUUCAACCCCCAUCAGGUAAUGCUACAAAGACAGCUUAACAGAUCUGAAGAAAUGGCGAACCAUAUCUUUUAUGCUUUUCAGGUAAUACUUCAAUUACAAGUACUGCAACUUGGCUUUAAGAGU